GUAAACGACAGCAUUUGUUCAAACGACGACAGAAGAGGGAAGAAUCAAUCGAGGGUUUCAUUUCUCCUCCUCCUCCUCACAAUCACCCUAUCAAUCAAUCAUCCUCACCCUCAAAUCCCCAAAUUUCGCACUCUGUUUGCAGGCUUUCUAGGAUGGAUUCAAACUCACAGUCUCCGCCGCUUGGCGAUUCGGACACCAAAAAUGUAUUUCGCAAGCCGUCUGGGGAGGCAGCUAAUAGGAAUUAUCGGCGUCGAUCACCUAUUGACGGGUCAUCGUCACCUGAUGGUAGUCCCAGGCGAGAACACAGCUCAAGUCCAUAUCCAUCAAGGGAAGAUUCUGGGAGAGCCUCUCACCAUCAUUCAAGGAAGCCUGACGGAAGGGAACAAGACCGAAAAUACGGCAGAAAUCAGUAUGGAAGAAGCAGUGAUUCUCUUAGACAUUCUGACAGACAGUCAUUCCGGAGCUCCUAUGGUAACUCAAGACAUGACAAGUAUGCAGAUGAGGAUAGAAAACAUGAAAGGUUAUCAUCUCGUUCUGCACGUGAGUCAAGGGGAGAUCAUAUGAGACAAGAUAGUGAUAGCAGGUCAAAAGACUAUGGGCGUAGUAUGGAUAAGUAUUCACGUGAAAAAUAUGAAAGGUCUGGAUCUGGCAAGAGGUGUGUGGAAUAUGAUGAGGUGGAGAAGGAAAGGCGUACAAGGGACGGAAAUGGUCGAGAUGAAAGAAAGGAUUCUCAAAGAAGUUCUGGAGAUCACAAAAGUGACCGUGCUGUUUCCUAUUCAGAAUCUAGGAGCCAAAAAGAUGACAUUGAGAUUAGUAAAAACAAGGACCAAAACUCUAGAAAGGUAGGCGGGGUGUUUGGUAUUGAAGAUAAAGAAUCUUUUGGGAAGAAACAGAAGUUGUUUGGUGCUGACAAGGAUGACAAUUCUGGAAAAGAUGCAGAUGAAAGGAAGACUUCAAGGACAAAGCUUUCUCAUGAGAGCAAGCCAUAUGUAGGGGCUGCUAAGACCAGUGGUUUUGAUAGUGGCAAUGAUAUAGAUGCUGCAAAAGUGGCAGCCAUGAGAGCUGCUGAAUUAGUCAACAAGAACUUAGUAGGGCCUAAUUGCUUGACUACGGACCAAAAGAAGAAACUGUUGUGGGGAAGCAAGAAGAGUACACCCACCGAAGAGUCUGGCCACCGCUGGGAUAUGGCAAUGUUUGAUCGCGAGCGACAGGAAAAAUUCAACAAACUCAUGGGUGUGAAAGGAGAAGCCAAAGUGGAGCAAAGCUCCGACAAUCAAAAUGACAACGACGCACUCCGAGCUGAGAAGCAGAAGGAACUCCAGCUGGAUCUUGAGAAACAGUACACUGCAGGUCUCCGGCGAAGAGAUGGCCGUACGGUUGGAUUAGGUCUUUAAACGUUCACCAGAAGAAUUUUGCAUCCUUUGACUUUGGCAGUUAUUUAGAGUAUACAAAACAUUCACUAGUGUUAUUCACUGGAUUAGGUCUUUAAACUUAUCAUGUUUGUUAUACAUGUUUGGGAGUUUAUCACGUGUAUGAUCUAUAUAUGAUCUGAUAUUUUGAGGAGCUUAUCACAGUUACAAAAUUUAAAUGUGAUGUGUGAGAAAACAUAGAUACUGAUGAGACUCCUUCUUCGAUAUCAACUCAAACAAAUUAGAAGUUUUGAAGUAUUGUUAUUUGGUA